CAGGCUCUGAGGGCACAACAACCAUGAAGGCUUUUCUGAUUGCCCUGCUGGCGGCAGUCCUGUGUGCCAAGCAAGCUUCCUCGCUGUUUUGCUACACGUGUGACAACGAGCACUCCAACUGGAACUGUCUUAAAACCUACAAGUGUGAAGACCAUGAGAAAUACUGUACAACCACAUACAGCUCUGCUGGGUUUGGCAAGGACAUAGGACACCGCAUCACCAAGAAAUGUUCUGUAGACUGUCCUGAGACAAACUUGAACUUCGGUAUGGCGGCUUAUUCCACCAAAUGCUGUAGUACCUCCCUGUGCAAUUUCAGUGGUGCCAACAGCAUAAAAAUCAGCUAUGCCGUGAUGUUCCUGGGAGUUGUGGCCAGUUUGAUCUCUGUCAUCAGGGCAGGAUUGUGA